UUAAAAGGACAUUUCCCAAAGACCCUCUCAUUACCUACAUUUUGUCCUCUUUCCUCCUGAUUUCCUACUCCCUUUCCCCUUAAAAUUUUAAAUCCAUCCUUCCUCUCUCCCUCCAUUAUUAUCCCCUAAACAACCUAUCAAAAAACUUGUUUGCUCCUUUAAUGGCGGUGGAAUUGAGCAGAGCAAGAAACGACCAACUUCAUCUUCAGAAAUUCAAAGAUAAACAAGAUAAUCUCGAAUUCCAUCAUUACAGUACCAUUUCCAUGAUUGAUCAUAAUCAAACCCAGAAAAGGGUUUCAGUCCCAGUUGUUUAUUAUCUCUCUAGAAAUGGUCAGCUAGAACACCCUCAUUUUAUUGAAGUUCCUCUCUCUUCUUCUCAAGGCCUUUUUCUUCGUGACGUUAUCAAUCGUUUGAAUCUCCUUCGUGGUAAAUCCAUGCCAUCUCACUACUCUUGGUCCUCGAAACGGAGCUACAAAAAUGGGUAUGUGUGGCAUGAUUUAGAGGAGAAUGAUUUCAUUCAUCCAGUUCAUGGAGGAGAAUACAUUCUCAAAGGCUCUGAAAUUCUUGUCGAAACCGUUUCGAAUUCCUCCGACACAUUAUCAUCGCCUUCAGCUGGGAAUAAUAUUCCGGUCACCGUAGAAUCUGAAUUCCCGGUGACGAGGAAUCGCCGGAGAAAUCAAUCAUGUGGAUCAAUCGAGUACAAAGUCUACAAAACUGAGUCAACUCACGAGUUCUCCGAAAAAGCGGCGGCCGACGCGUCAACUCAGACAGACGAUAAACGACGUCGUAUAGAAGCUGUAAUGAUCAAAGAAGAACCCGAGGAAGAAGAGGGUAGAAUCGAGAAAGUGCACCAUGAACAAGUGCAAGAGUUCAGUACAGAGUUAAGUAGAUAUGAGAUUUCACCUCCACCGUCUGAUUCAAGUCCUGAGACAUUAGAGUCGUUGAUGAAAGCUACAAUAUCAUCAUCAUCAUCAUCAUCACAAAGUAAUAAUCAGACGGUUGGGAGUUGUCCAAGUGGCAGAAUGAAAGCUUCUUCAGUUUUAAUGUCUUUGAUCUCCUGUGGAUCGAUCUCUUUUAGAGAUUGUGGAGCUGCAACCGUGAAGGAUCAUGGGUUAUCGUUGAUGUCUCAUUAUAAGAGUAGAUUGCCACGUGGCGUGAAUCAGACGGUAGAAGAGAGUAAUGGUGUAACGAUGGAUAUCGAAAAUACAAAUGUUUAUAGUAGUUUUUCAAACAUGGGUAUGGAAGACAAGGAGUAUUUUAGUGGGAGUUUAAUUGAGACUAAGAGAAACGAGCUUCCAACGGUUCUUAAACGAUCUUCCUCUUACAAUGCUGACAGUUCACAUCUAAUGAAGUUGGAGAAAAAAGUCGAAGGAGUGAGAGCAAAAUGUAUACGAAGGAAGCCAAGGACUCAGACAUGCACUAGUAAGAAAGAGCUUGAUGCACAAAUUACUCGAGUUACCAAUACUAUCAAUAGUACCCAUGGGCUAAUCUAAUGUUAUGUGGGACCUCGACUUAAAAAUAUCAAGAAUAGAAGUAUGUGCAUGUUUUUAGUGGUUAGCUGUUAGUAAUAUGAAGUGGUGGAUAAUCAACAAAGAAUAUCAGUGACAAUAGGUAUGUAUUACUUGUAUUGUUCACUGUUGGGUUAUUCCCUCCCACUUGGAGGAAGGCCCAAUUAAUAUUUUAAUUAUGGGCUUAAUAAUAAUGGACUAAUAAUAAUAAUAUUAUUUGUUAAUUAAAAAAAAAAAAAAGGUGAAAAACUAUAAAAGGAAAAAUAGGGCAGUAGUUAAUUAAUUGCAUCAGAAGCACAAUACACGCACAAAACAAAAAUCAGAAACUGAGGAGAAGAAAAAGGUGCGACGCGCGUGACUUUACGGCGAUCCGAUCGAAGGCCAUUCGUGCUCCGUUUUUCGUCAAAUUUUGACACGGUGUUUCUGUCUACCCAACCUACAUAUUCAACGGUUGGAUUGUCGUUUUGUGCAUUGUAAGUGGGUAAUUUGUUUUGCCCUAAUUUUACCCUAAUUGUUAUUUUACCACUUUUGAGUGAUGUUUUAGGGUUGUUUGGUGUUGGUAUUACCUCUAGUAUUGUCUAGAGAGGAUUUUGGUUGUACCCAUUAAUUUUAUUGGUGAUUAGUGGAAGAGUGUGGUACCACUUACGGUCCCGUGGUUUUUUCCCGCAUUGGGUUUUCC